UUGGCUGACUGUAAAAUGCCAAAAAUCACAUUAAUUAUAGAACUUAGCUGGAAUAAACUUUUUAAACUUGUUCUGCAGGUUCCUUCUCAUGUGUUGAUGGGUAUAUCACGUAAUAGUGAAACUAUGUCUCUGUCUCCACUUGGUGAAGCCUGCUUGAGAAUGGAUUUAACUGCCAUCCAUGAGAUUUUAGAAAAGCUCGGGUACAAAGACGAUGAGGGAGCAGCUACUGAGCUUUCAUUCCAAAUGUGGACAAAUCAGAUGCAGGAAACAUUGAACUCCAAGAAAAAGGGUGAUGCUGCUUUCAGGCACAAAGAUGCUAAGGCUGCCGUCGAAUGCUAUACACAGUUCAUCGAUGUUGGAACAAUGGUCUCCCCAACUGUGUAUGCUCGACGUAGUCUGUCUUAUCUCAUGAGUGAUAUGCCGCAGGAAGCCCUUAAUGAUGCAGUACAAGCACAAGUAAUAUCUCCUGUUUGGCAUAUUGCAUCAUAUUUACAAGCUGCUUCUCUUUUUGCGAUGGGAAGGGAAAAUGAGGCACAAAUUGCACUUAAAGAGGGUUCUGUUCUUGAAGAAAAGAAGAACACAACAUCCUGACUGUGGCGAGCUGAACCGCUGUGAUCUUUUACUUUAUUGCUCCGUUGCAGGGGUUUGGACAUAGAUCACAAAAGUGUUGUUUUUCGAACAGAGGCUGUUCGAUCUGUCGCCUUGUGCAUUCGAUGAUUAAGUAGGUUUGGUUUACUUCAGAGCAUUCUUUGGCAACAUAUAAUUGGAUGGGGUUGGUUUUGGUCACAGCUUUUGUGGGAAUCGAUUGGCCUUUUCCAAUAACAAUAUUCUCUGGGAAUAAUCCAAUGCCAUUGGUUCCUUAAGGAUCCAAGAUCUGUGGAAAAGGAAAGCUGGAGAAACUUGCUGUGCUGUAAUUUAUGUACAGUGCUAUUUGGCUGCUCAACUAAGAUUGUUUUGAUUCUCUCUUAGUCUUAUGUUAUCUUUUUUCUUGAAAAUCCUUCCUUUUUCUUUCUUCUCUUGGAGUUGGGGGGUCAAUAUCCUUUGUUUGUGGUGGUAAUUUAUCUUGCAGUACUUAAUUUAAGUAUUUGUUACUGGUCUAACUUGCAGAAUAUUGUUUGUAACGUUUGUAUCUUAUUUCAAGAAUCAAGUUUGAAGGCUUGUGGCAAAUUAUUUAUACAGCUAGUAGCUCAUUCACAUUU